ACCCCAGUUCACAAUUACUGUUCAUUGCUUCCACCUGCUACUCGUUACCCCCUGGUUCUUCAGCCCAUAUAUUCUCCUCCUUUCCCUCAGUCUCUUGCCGGUUCAUUCUAUUCACCACCCCCAGAGUUUCUGUUUUGUCUGUACUCCAGCCACUACCUGCCUACACCAGACCUGCCUCCAUCCAGCCGGUCCCCAGUGCAGCUAUCCUGCCUGAAUAUAGCCCAACUCACCCACUUUGCUCCCACUUCAUUCUGACGCAGCUGCCCUGCCCCAUUCCAAUUCAGGUCAUCCUGCUUGCUUUGUUCCAACCUCACUCCAGUGCUGCCAGCCAGCCAGCUUCACCUCGACUUACUUGCUCUGCUUCUGCCCCGCACCAGUAUCACCUACCAUCUCCAGUUCAGCCUACCUGCUUUGUGACGGGCUAAUCUCAGCUCCACCAACUUUCUAUGCCCCAGUCUCACUCUAGUGCCUGCCUCCUGUCCAUUCUCCUAAGGACCUCCAAUGCCAGCCUUGACCUCCUACUCGGCACCAAGAUAAUCUUCCUUCCAACUUGGUCGUCCACCCAAAUGGCCUCGAGUUCCUGUUUGCCUCCAAAGUUACUUUUCCGAACUACCUCAGACUCCUGCUCAAAGCCGAGGCCGUCCGCCUCAGUUGCCUCGAGUUUAUGUUCAACUAUGAGGUCGUCCUCUUGAGUGGCCUCUCCAGUCCUCUGCGGUUUCUCCAGUUUUCUGUUGGGUCACUCAGUCACCUUCCCGAGUGGCUUUCCCCGAUCCCUGCCAGGUUAAUGAGGCUGUCCGCCCAAGCAGCCUUCUCAACUCCCUGUCUGGUCCCGAGGCCGUCCACCCGCAUGGUAUCUCAAGUUCCCUGAUGGGUGUCCCAGUCAUCUGCCCAAGCAACUUUCUGCCAGAUUUUGGGGUCAUCCACCAGAACGGCCUCUCCAGCUUCCUGUUGGGUCCUGAGGUUUCCUGCCUGAACGGCCUCCUCUGCUUUUCGCAUGGCACCUGGACCAUCCUCCCAGAUGACCUCCUUUGCUCAUUACCUGGCAUCCGGGCCAUCUUUCUGAAAGUCCUCCUCUGCCUCUCAUGGGGCUGCGAAGUUGUCCUCCAGAGCAGCCUUCUCUGCUGCCUGCCUGGUUCAGUGGCCGUCCACCCGUUCGACCUCUUCAGCCACCUGCCUGGUUUUAAGGGCAUCCUUCGGAGCAGCCCUCUCAGUUCACUGCCUGGUUUGGUGGCCAUCCUCCCAGUCAGUCACCUAAGUUUUCUGUCUGGUCUCAAGGACGUUUUCCAGAGCAGCCCAUUCAGUUCCCUGCCUGGGUCAGUGGCCAUCCACCAGAACAGCCUUAUCUGCUUCCGCUCUGUUCCAAAGGUGGACUCUUCAGCCUCCUGCCUGCCUGAACUAAUUCAUCAGCCAUCUGCCUGGUCCCAAGGACAUAUAGCCGGAACCACCUCACCAGCAUCCUGCUGGAUCCAAAGGUCGACCGCCAGAGUUUAUAUAUUGUGCCUGAUCCAGAGGUCAUCCUCCUGAGUGGCUUGGCCACUCUCCUGCCUGGGCCAGAGGUCAUCUGCCAGAGUGGCUACUCCAGCUUCCUGCCUAGUCCCAGGAUUGUCCAUGAGAGUGGCCACUCCAGCUUCCUGCCUGAUCUUAGGAUUGCCCACCAG